GUGGACGUAUACUUCUCAAGAAGCCAUCUAUCUUGGCAGUGUGGUUGUGAUGUUGCUGCACUUGGUGCUCGCUUUGGUGGUGUUGUACUUUUUACUGCUAGCCGCACCCAUGUGGUGGUUUGAAGGGUGGUGGAAUUGGAUCUCCCGUUGGCGCCUUCGUCCGAUCGGCCAUGCAACUCUCUUGGCCACGGAUUCCAACCACGCCCCCAUCUUGACUGUGCUCAUGGUUGUCCAAGGGUAUCUAUUAUGUCAUACACUCGUACUACAUGUGUCAUUCAUCUUGUGCAUCGCAGGGCAUGGUCUGUUGACGCCGUGGCAUCGCUAGUUUCCAAGAGAAUGGCAGCGGACUCCAAGUUUUUCAGCCGAUUUUGCUCUCGAGUACGCGUCGACUCGGACGAUUUCGAGCUCGUGCCCGGGUUUGAUCCAGCUACCCACGUCACCGACAUGCCACUCGACCACCGCCACGAGACCCCACUGCAGUUUGCCGAGUUUUUGGCAACCCAAGACUUGGAUAUAGCAGUGCCGCUGUGGACGUGCCACGUAUUACCGGUGCGCGACAACCAAACGUUUAUCCUGUGGCGUAUCCACCAUGCAUUGGCCGACGGAGCGUCAGUAUAUGCGUUUUUCGCGCGACUGAGUGAUGCGCCGCUGCACGAGUACAUUCCUCCACGGGCACGCCCCCCAGACGAAGUGGAGGUGUCGACAUGGCAUAAGAUACGCCAACAAGUACACCGCGUGGUCCAGUCGCUGUGGCUGUACUCGAUCAAAAGUAUGCGCCUUGCACUGGUCCCCGAGCCCCGCACUCGCCUUACGCAGCCCAGCGGCCGAUCCAAGCGGUUGUUUUACACAACAAACUAUAGCGUUACAGCGACAAAAGGCAUCGCACGUCACUUGGGCAUGCGCGCGACUGUGAACGAUGUGUUUCUAUCGUGCAUCACGGGAGCACUGCGCACGAUGCUCAUGGAAGAAGCUUCCAUGGAUCUGAACGAGGAUGAGAAGCGAGAACGCGCAGCAGUUGUCGACCCGUCGUGCGUGAUUCGGGCUGGCAUCUCGGUGGACUUGCGACCGCCGUGGGAAUUGCCGGCAGAACCCGACAACCAAUUUAGCUGUUUGCUGGUGGAACUGCCGUUGGGCGAAGCGUGUCCCGUGCGCCGGCUGCGGCGCGUUGCGCGAACGAUGAACGAUGCGAAAUGUAUGAACAGUAGCUACCCUGACACUCACGGGGUCAUGUUCCUUGUAGACAGCUUGGAGAGAUACUUUACCUACGGGAUCAGCAUGAUGUUGGCGCAAUUACCGCCGAGAAUUCUGGCCAAGGCGGUAGCUUACCUGACUUCGCACGCGUCGGUGGCGAUUUCAAACGUGCGCGGACCUCCUCAUGUGAUGUACUUUGGCGGACAUGCGUUGGAAUCGCUCAACGGCUACGUACCGCCCCCGCCGCAUGUGAACAUGGGCAUUGCCAUCUAUAGCAUGGCCGAUGCGUUGGGGGUUAGCGUGCAGGUGGACGCGAAUGUAUUUCGACGCCCCGAAAGAUUCUUGGUGUAUCUGAAACGCGAAUACGUCGAGCUGCAAAAGAGAUCCGCGGCCAUGCACACGACCUUUCAUGAAGUGGAUGCGGACUGACAUGUCCAAGGAAUCCCAUUGCCCAUUGCACCAAGGUCGUUAGGGAGUACACUAAGUCCAUGAAUACAUUAUGUACAUGUUGUGUCGUGGUGGAAGAAGC